AUGGAUACUGAAAAUCCAAAUCAUUUGAUUAUUUGGCUUGAUAAACAUAUCGAAGACCCCGAAUGGUGUCAGCAAAUGAAAAAAGCAUUUUCGACUCAAACUGAUCCAAAAAAUCCAAUACCAGUGAAACUAUCGGGCAACGAUAAUGAUUCACUAUUCAAUAUAGCAAGUCAUAUGCCAGUGCAUUUCGAAGGUGUUCGGUUUUUACUGGCAGCGCACAAAAAUAUUGAAAGCUGUUUACAAUGUUUUGAGCAGAACCAGGAUAAACGUAUAUUUUUUAUCACAUCGGGAUCGCUGGGAAGAGAGGCUGUGCCAAUAAUUUUAGAACGGUUUCUGCACAUGUUCACCGAUCUAGUUACUGGCAAAUCAUACAUAUCUAUUUAUGUGUUUUGUCACCAUAUUCAAUAUCAUCUGGAAUGGGCACUUGACUACCGUGAUUACAUUCAGAUAUUUAACUUCGAUGCAGAUUUAUUAGUUCGUAUGAUGCGUGAUAUUGGUGAUUAUUAUUAUAACGAAAGUAGGCGACUAUUAGAUACAACUCUUCCAAAUAAGCCAGCAGCUUACAAUCGUCUUAUUUGGGCACGCACACUGUAUGAACGAUAUGGUGAAUUGGAAAGGAAGUCAAUGCAUACUGAACUUGGUGAAAUCAAUAAACUUCUAGAACAGGUUGAAGAAGAAUUAAGAUUGUCCCCCGAUGUUGAUAGCUAA